UACAUAAACACACUCACACUCUACCACAACUUUUGUCAUUUCAUAUACAUACAUACAUAUAUCCUCGAUUCCGCUUUCAAGAUGUCGAAGCAUCUGUCAAAGAGCAUUGCCCAGAUGAUUUCAAGGUCCAAAGAAGCGGUUUCUUGCUUUGUUCGUGACGAGAUCGCCGGUUUCCCGAAAUGGUUUGUGCUGAGAUUCUUAGCGAGGGCUGUCUUUGGCGUUUUCAUCGGCAUUCUUGCCUCGGGCAGCGUUUUGGUGGCGGCGGCUGUAGGAGCGGCGAGAGGUCACACGACGGGUACCGGACUUAUCCAAGGCGGUCUCGUGGGCGUCAUGGUCGGGGUGGUCACCGCGGUUCAAACGCUGAAAUCGGCGGUUGAGGGGCAACCCUUGUCCAAUGAGGUCGCGUUGCUGAGGAGAGUGGUGGAUGGGAAGGCAAUCAUGGAAUUGGCAAGUCCGGCGAUUCUCAAAGCCUAUCAGUGGCAAACGAUGGAAAUGGAAACAAGCUUCCAAGAGAUCUCGGAAUACAUGUACGAUAUCAAUGGAGGCAUAAGAUGUUUAUCGAGAAACGACAUCCAAAGACUUCCUGUGUUCAACAACUGUUUCGAUCACCAAAUCCAUUCGGACUGUUCUAUUUGCUUACAGGAAUGGAAGAUUGGGGAGGAGGGGAGAAAGCUGGGAUGUGGGCAUGCAUUUCAUGUCAACUGCAUAGAUGCAUGGCUGACUAGGCAAGGGACUUGCCCUAUUUGUAGAAAACGUGUUUCUAAUUAUACCUUUUCCUCUUAGAUAUAUAUAUAUAUAUAUUAUGGGAUGGAAAUAAUAGAGUACGUAUCGAUUUCUUGGUGGCAGUUGUCAUUUUGUGAAAUUA